AUCACUGUUUUCAUCCCAUCUCGUGCGGCAACGGCAAUUUUCCAGAUCAAGAAAGUCUGAUUUUUCCACGGUAUAGCGGGCGUAAGUCGAUAUCAUUGGUUUCAGGCUCGGUCUGGUCGAAAUCGGUAACGGACAAGUGUGUUCGAAAAAUAUUCAUGGAGUAGACAGGAAGUGAAUAGUCGGGGAGAGUUUUCGCGACGAGAGCCAUCUUGACGAGCAUCGGCUUGCUCGUGAUAGACAGAGGACGAGUCUGCGGCGGUGACCACGGUGGCGGCAGUGAUGGCAUCGUUUCUAAAUGUUUCUGUAAAUUCUGAACGGCCGUGUUAUAUCCAGUUAGAAUAGUCGCUUCUAAUCGGUAACGAUCUUUCACGGGUGAGCCGGCUACUAUUUACAAGAUCGAAUUAUCCAAAGAAACAUUACGGAUAGAGACUCAAAUACUGUAUUAAACAAAAUGGAGGGAGGCGAUGGCCCUUCAGCCAUCAGUAGCAAUCCUACUGCUAUUAAAGCUGCACAAGAAGAAAUGGGAAGGUUAGACGUUCUUGUAUGUGGACAGUGCCAUUCAGUUUUUCAUUUUAUCGAGGAAUUUCAAGAGCACCGUACAAAGGAAGGCGCUUGUACUCAAGUAUCGCAUUUUCGUGAAAAUAGUAAUAAUGAACAAAAAGCACAAGUCUGGGCUUUCCUUUUAUGGAAAGAUUCUCAAAUUCAACAAGAAGGUACGGAUAAAGACUCCACAAACUCGUGGAAGCUCUAUCAGAAAUGGUGCAAAAUGGAAACGCACAUAAGGGAUUCCUGGAUCGCGGCCGGGAAGACCAUUCAAACGUUUACAAAAAUCAGUAAUGCAAAGAUGCAGGAUGCACCAAGACAAAAUCAAACGAGUACCAAUGCAGAAGGAAAGCCGGUAGUUGUACGUAAGGUUAUUAGAAAUGGACAACCCGAAGAAUCUGACGCCAAAAAGGAUACUAAGGGUUCGGAAACAAAGAAUAAAAAAAGUAACGAAUCUUUUGAUACAGAAGGAGAGAAGAAGGAAAAGCCGAAGUUGAAACCUUCUAUAAAACCCAAGGGUAAAUCAAGUAAAGCUGGUGACGAAGAUAGGGACUCAAGUGACGAAGAAUAUACGGUAGAAAAAAUUUUAGCAAAGCGUUUUAAUCCAAAAAAAAGAUGUUCAGAAUAUCUCUUGAAAUGGGAAGGAUAUGGACACGAGCAUAAUACAUGGGAACCUGCUGAACACGUGGCUACGUGUAAACAUUUAUUAGAAGAAUUUGAAAGAAAUCUUGCUAAACAAAAAGAAUUGAAAGCGGCUCAACAGCAGGCUAACGCAAAAGCUGCUGGGAGGGGCAGCCAUCUUGCUCAAAAAACAGUUAUAAAAGCAGAUGCAAAACCUGGACCAAGUACCGCAGCUCAAGUAGGGCGACCAAUGCGUUCAAGUAAAUCAAAAGCCAUGGACCAAGUGAAGCAAUGGUGCGGUUCAAUGAAAGACGAAGACAAUGAUUUGUUGGGGAAAAGAAGAAUGGACUAUUCCGAGAGCGAUUCCGAGGACGGUGGCAGCAGUGCUGCAAAACGAAUCAAAGGUGACACAGGUAGCGACGAGGAUUGGACCGGGGAGUCCGAGGAAGAGAGAAUGUUGAGUCGAAGCGACGUAAUUCAACAAGCAUUUAAUCGCGCUAACGUCCAAUCAAACGGUUCUAAUAGAGCGAGCGGUUCGUCCUCGGAUCUUGCGACUUCGUUGGGACUUCAGUCUCCCGAAGGGGCGAAAUCCAAUCAACCGCCGGUCCUGGUAGCGAACGCGAAAGGAGUCGUUAAAGUAGAUCCGAAACAAAUGCCAAACUUAACGUCUGGCGUGUACGUAAUGUCACGGAAGGACGGGAUCAUCAAGUUGGACUCGUCUCCCAGCGGAAAACUGGCCGUAAAGGGUUCGCCGACCACGCAGGGUGUUCUGAUGGUUCAAAAUCGUGACAACGCAAACGUAGUGAGGAAGCAAGUAAUAUCCGCCUCGCAGUCGAACUCGGUCACGCCGGUUAAAGUGGUCUCGAAGAUGGACGGGAACCAAGUGGUCACACAGAUGAAAGUAGUUUCCAAGCCUGUAGCGGGUAAACCGGGCGGCGCCCAAAAAACAGAGCCUAUAAAAAUCCAACCGAAACCGGAUCCGACGCAGCUGCCGCAAAUACACGUGGUGACCGCGGUGCCGGCCCCCCUAACCUUACAACCGCGACUAAGCACAGGAAUACGUCCUGGACCUGUUGCAGGCCAACGUAGCGCAGAUGGUCGCCCGUUGUUACCGAGACCGCCGUUACGCGCCACGACGCCGACCAGCGUUCUCGGUAUCGGAUCGACGAUUCGCACGCCGGUCAGAGCGCCGGCCCCGAAACAAGUCCCGCCUCAGCAGACGCGCCAGGUGCUACAAAAACGCGCGACGACCGUCACCACGCAAAGUAACUCGGUGAGUCCUGGAAACGUAACUCAGAUCAGACCAAAAUUCACGGUACUCAGUCCGCAAACGAAGCAGGUGGUUAAGGCUGGAACUAGUCCGGCACAAACGGCGAAACAGUCGCCGAAAACACCGAUCGGUAAGCCACAGUCGUUGUUAUCUCCGCAGCAGAAGUUGCUGAUGGCGAAACGGAAAGCCCAAGAAGCAGCGGGCAUCGUGAAGCCUGGCAGCCGUGGACUGUUGGUGGGUGCUCGUGCUACCGCCAGCCGCGGCAGGGGGAAACUGAUAGAGGUGCCAGCGUCCGCCACGGGAAACAAACCGAAAGAGAGCAAAUUGGCCGAGGGCGACGGUCUUCACAUGGAAUUCCACGAAGUGGGCUCGGAGGAGAGUAGCAGCGACGGCGAGCCGGAACUUCCGCCGCCGGAAGCCGACGCUAUAGCCACCGCGGAGCCCGACAGUCCGCCGCGGCCGUUCACAUUAUGUCCGUUGACGGGACGCAUAAUCGGGCCGGACGGUGAGCCUGUCGAGCAGCCAGCGGAACCUGAACCAGAACCAGAACCCCCUACGACGCCGUUGUCCACCGUCAAGACGACGCCCGCCACCGCGUCCGAGAGCAUAGACGUUAACCCAGCGGCCGCGGCCACAGAAUUGGUUCUACCUUCUCUCGAUUCCUUGACGGAUGCCGGCGGAAUAAUGAGAGUCGAGAUGAGUCCCGGCGGAACGACGGGCACCAUCGUUCAAACUUCCGAACCGGCGCAGAUCAACUUGUCGAACGUAGCGGUUCCCGCCCCGGACCUUCCGUGUCUGGACGACACAGCUCCGACUGUUACUGGACCUACCACCACCGCGGCGACACCAUUGACGGAAACAACGCCCGCCAGCGAGUCCUCACUUGCCGCGGGCUUGUCGACGGCCACGGUCACCUCCACCAGCACGAUAGCGAUCACGUCCGCCGAUGCGACCAAGAAUGACGAGAAAGCGCCCGAGGAGAGGAAGGUGGCCGACGACGCGUCGAACUUGGUCACGAUAACGGGCGAGGACGGUGUUGUUUAUCAGGUGACGGGCCAAGCCGAGGACGGCCAGACGUUGCUGGUGACGCGCGACGCUGACGGCGAGCAACAAUGCGUGUACGUUACUACGGAACAGCAAGGGGAUGACGGAUCCGUCCUGACGUUGGACCACGCCGUGGCAGAAGCCGUGGCGCAAUUAAUACCCGACCAAGUGAACUUGGCUUCGCAAUUUUACGUGAAGGAGAGCGGAACUGAACCCGCCGAGAAUCCAAUGGUGAUGUCCAUCAUGGAUAAUGCAAGCACGACUGACGUAACCGAGGGACAGGAAGAUGGCGACGGUCACGGACAGGUCGUCGCUCAGGUCGUGCAAGCAGAAGAACCUACUCCAGGUGGCACCAGGAGAGUAGUAUUACUCUUACCCGACGGGAAUCUGAUGAUGACCGAAGUGACGGAGGAGCAGUAUGCCGCACUAGGACUCGGCAAGUGAAGAAACGCUUAAAUAUCGAGACACACGGAAAGAAUAAAACAAACGAUCAUGCAUCGAACUAUACACUUUACAUGGAAGUUGUACGCUUAAGGGUGACCGUGGGUUGUAUAUAUGUAAGAACGUUCACUUCGUACAAUUGCAAUGGAAAAAAGAAAAAAAAAUUAUUGACAUUUUCCAGCUACAACAGUCGCGAAAUGUGAAAAGCAAACAAAACAUAGCUGGUGUAUUGUAAAAACAGGAAAAAAAAAAAAAGGAAAUAAAAACAGGAAAAAACCUACGAAGAGGAUGAAUCACAGAUACAGAAAUCUAGAAUUUAGAUUACGAUAAAUGAACUAUGUUUUAGAAAUUCAUGUCUCGGUGUAAAACGAUCCGAUAAAAUUUUAAUUUUUACUUUUAAUUUAUGAGAUACGAGAGAAGGAGCAGAUUGCAUAGGGUUAAAACGGAAGGAAGUAUCACAUCUUCGAUAACAAACACCAUUAUACAACGUUUGAAGUAAGCAUUGUAUUUGUAGGAUAGUGAAGUAUAAACUGGGGUUUUAUAUUUUCCAAACGAUAAUAGGCUUAUUAACGAAUGAUCUUUAUUACCUUGCAUACAAAGUCCAAGCUACCCGGCCGCUAUUGGCGAAUUUCGCAGCAUGGAUAUAGUCGCCAGACAAAUUGAAAAUCCUAAUAAUUAUCGGUACGAAUAAUCAGCUUUUUCAAAAGAGUGUAAAUACAAAAUUGAAAUACUUCCAUCGGGAACAAAUCAUUCGCGCGAAGCUUGAACCUAGUUUGACUCUGUGCCGAUCAUUUUUUAUCGUAUGAUCGAUGCGAAACAAUUACGUUUCUUUCCUUUCCUUUCAGUUCGAAUUUCGCUUAUGUGCAUAAAUUGCUUCAUAAAUUUUUAAAUGUCAAUUCUUUCAAUUUUCUUUUUCACGCAAAAAACGCAAAAACAUGUUUUGCGUUUCAAUGGACUGUGUAUGCUUAUCUAUAGAUUAAAUAAGUGCACUCUUAUCGAAGAACACAUAAUUUCUGAAUCUAUAAGGCUUAACGA